AUGCCUAACCACACGAAAAUUGGACUGACUCUCAAAGAUCAUAUUGCUACCUUGGUCCCUGCCUUUGAAGCAGCCGAGUGCACGCGCGGGCAGGAACAUUUAUUAUAUGAGCCGUGGAAUGUUGCCCUUUCUUGGCUUACUUUUGGACGGAGUACAUCCAGGCCUUCAGGUUCCAACCCUACGAGUGAUAAACUGCCCCCUUUACAAGUCGUUCCUUUAGCUCGCACACGGUGGCAGUUUACUGAUACUCCAGACUUGGGUGUAGUAGCUUCUGAAAACGACGAAAUUCUGAGCUCGACACUUUCCUCGCUUUCGACUUUUACUCUUUCAUCACGGACAGCACCCACUUCUGGCAUCUUUCCUCCACCAGACGUGGGUGUAGUAGCUUCUGAAAACGACGAAAUUCUGAGCUCGACACUUUCCUCGCUUCCGACUUUAACUCUCUCAUCACGGACAGCAUCUGUUGCUUUAUCCCAGUCAAAUGUUCACAGUCGUGUGGACAGAGACUCGUACAGGAUCCCCGAUUUCGCUAUCUUAUCCAGAACCGGUCGUGGAGAGAAACUGCGAGAGCAGGUGCCUUUUAUUGUAGAAGUCAAGCCGCACACUAUCGACGGUGAUCCAGAAGUUGAAUUCCUAACUAUGAUGGAGCAAGUUGUGUAUCAAGCCAAAGCCGUCUUUAGCACCUACCCUGAACAACAAAGUUUACACGUUAUUUGUGCUGUUGGACGUUACUACAAGAUGCUCCAUUUGAAACGGCAUAUGUUCGCAGGAGUAGUAUUCCCAGAUCCCAGCGCAGAAUAUAGACCUGAAACAUCGGGAUUUGAUGACAUUAUUUCGAUGGAGCGGGCUUGUAUUUCCCGUUCACUUUUGAACUACAACAAGACUGACUAUGAUAAGCAAUGGAAAACUCAGUUUACAUAUGUGUUAAAUAAAUACAUGGAUUAG